AUGGGUCCAGGUUUCAUAAAUUAUUCUUUAACAUUGGCUAAUCACAUUAAAUCACCUUUAAUUAAAAAAUCUGUGGUUUCUAAAUCGUUAGAGGUAGAAACCGUAGUCUGGAGACGGGAUUUUAUCAUGAGUGAUCAGGAUGUUGAUGACAUUGCUUUUUUAACAGGUGAAAAUGCUGCUGCGGCUAAACAAAAUCUGUAUGAACGUAAUGGAGUCGCAGUUUGUUCACAAAGGAGAGCUCUCAUUAUUGCAACAAUUGCAUUCGCUGUUCUUUUCGGCAUUGCAGUCAUCAUUGCAUAUGCUGGAAUUCGUUGCCCUUGUGCAGGAAAAAGACCGGAUAACUUAGAUUAUGAUUAUGAUGAUUCCGGACCUACAAUUCCAGUAGCUACCAAUAAUGAAAUUUUUCCUUGGAAUAAUGUUAGACUUCCUGAUUCCUUAAUCCCGUUAAGAUAUAGAAUACACAUACAUCCCAACUUGACUACUCUUGCUGUAAAGGGGCAAGUCACGAUUGAAUUUAAUGUUAAAAAAGAAACAAAUUUCAUAGUUUUGCACAGUAAAAAUUUAACUAUAUUGGAUAAAACAGUUGUAGAUAAUACAGGAGAAGAAUUAGAAAUAGAAAAAUUUUUAGAAUAUACACAAGCACAACAAGUUUAUAUUGAAUUAAAAGAAAAUUUUCAAGUCGGGUCAAAUUAUAGUUUAAAUAUCAGGUAUAAGACUCAACUUGGAAAAGAAUUAGAGGGAUUUUACAUCAGCAGUUAUGUUAAUCAAAAAGGAGAAACAAGGUAUUUGGCCACUACUCAUUUUGAACCUACAUAUGCUAGAUCUGCUUUUCCUUGCUUUGAUGAACCUCAAUUUAAAGCCAAAUUUAAAAUGUCAAUAGUUCGAGAUAGAUUUCAUAUUGCCUUAUUUAACAUGCCAGUUUAUAACACAGAAGAUGCUGGUUUUUACAUGGGUACUGGAUUGCUGUUGGACGACUUUGAAGAAUCAGUUGAAAUGAGUACUUAUCUAGUAGCAUUUGUUGUAUGCGAUUACAAUCACACAACUAGUCAAACAAAAAAAGGUAUAUCCGUUUCCGUGUAUGCUCCCACACAACUCAUAUCACAAGCAAAAUUUGCUCUUGAUACUGCCACGAUCAUGAUGGAUCAUUACGAAGAAUUCUUUGGCGUCGAUUACCCUUUACCCAAGCAAGAUUUAAUAGCCAUUCCUGAUUUCGCUGCUGGAGCCAUGGAAAAUUGGGGUUUAAUAACCUACAGGGAAACUUCUAUUUUGUACGAUCAAGAAGAGACAUCUGCUAUAGCUCAUCAAUGGGUAGCUAUCGUUAUAGCUCAUGAAUUAGCUCAUCAGUGGUUUGGUAAUUUGGUUACCAUGAAAUGGUGGAACGACCUUUGGCUGAAUGAAGGCUUUGCCAGCUUUUUAGAAUACACCGGCGUGGAUCACGUCAUGCCCAAUUGGAAAAUGAUGGAUCAGUUUAUAUUAGUUAAAACGCAACCGGCUUUAGAUCUCGAUGCUUUGGCCACAAGUCAUCCCAUAUCAGUUGACGUUCAUAAUCCUAUUGAAAUCGAAGCUAUUUUCGACACCAUAUCGUACAGCAAAGGAGCGGCAAUUUUAUACAUGCUGGAAAAGUUUUUGGAAGAGGAUACGCUACGAUCUGGAUUAAAUGAUUAUUUAAAUACGUACAUGUUUAAAAAUGCAGAUACCGAAGAUUUAUGGUCUGCCUUUAGCAAGCAUAAUAAUCAAUCGUUACAAGUUAAAACCGUCAUGGAUACGUGGACGAAACAAAUGGGAUUCCCUCUCAUAACCAUAACCAGAAAGGAAAAUACGAUUUACGCGAGUCAAAGUAGAUUCCUAUUGACGGGAACUAUGAAUAAUAAUACCGUUGACAAUGAUAUCGUAUCACCGUUCGAUUAUAAAUGGUAUGUUCCAUUGAGCUAUUACACGAACGUUGAUCGUUCGGAUGUUCGCCACGUUUGGAUGAAUUUGAGUGACGUCACUUUUGAAAUAUCGGAAAAAACAAAAUGGAUAAAAGCAAACGUGAAUCAAUCGGGUUUCUAUCGAGUCAACUACGACGAAGAUAUGUGGAUGUCAAUCAUUCAAACGCUAAAAAAGGAUCCCUCGAGUUUUAGUCCGGCCGAUAGAGCGAGUUUAAUUGACGAUGCCUUUACAUUGAACAGGGCAGGAAUACUAAACGCUACGAUACCAUUAGAACUUUCACUUUAUCUUUUAAACGAAAAGGAUUACGUCCCGUGGGCCACAGCCCUGAAACAUUUUCAAUCGUGGAGUAAAAGUUUAGUCGAAUCGUCCGGAUAUAAACUUUUUUACGAAUUCAUGAGAGUCAUACUAACUCCGGCGACUAAAUUAGUCGGUUGGAACGACGUCGGACCACAUUUAACAAAAUUGAUGAGAUCGGACAUAUUGUCUUCGGCGAUAUUGUGUAACGUUCCAGAAACCGUCAAGGACGCGGUUACAAAGUUUAAAAAAUGGAUGGAAAAGGGAGAAAGGACUCCUCCCAAUCUCAGAGAAGUCAUUUAUUCGGCGGGAAUUAAAUACGGUGGCGAAAAGGAAUGGGAAUACUGUUGGAAUAAAUAUAAAAGCACCGGAAUUCCAAGCGAAAGAAAAUUAUUGCUCAAAGCUUUGGGAAUGUCGAGCGAUCCGUGGAUCUUGAAAAGGUAUUUGAAAGCAACACUGGAUAGAAAUUUAGUUAAACCUCAGGAUUUGAAAACGGCGUUAUCGGUCGUGGCUUUCAAUCCAGAAGGACAGCUGUUGGCUUGGAGACACCUUAAAGCUCACUGGCAUUACAUGCAAUCGAUGUUCGGGAAUGGAACUUUCACAAUCGGGAGCAUCAUAUCGGCCGUCACGUCGGAUUUCGUCACGGAAUACGAUCACGAUGAAGUUCAAAAUUUCUUUAGCAAAAUGAACGUAGGUUCGGGUCAAAAUGCAUUAGAUCAAAGUUUGGAAACGAUCAGGCUCAACAUAUAUUGGGUACAAGAAAACGGUGAAAUAAUUUAUAGAUGGUUGAAAAAUUAUUUAAAUUCUUGA